CCGUACGCAGACCGCCGAAAGCAUAUUUCGGCCGAUAUUUAUCAGUAAAAAUCAUUACAUCUGAAACUCCAAUAAUCAUUUGCCGAUCACCGACUUAAGAGCGAGAGUCCGGAGUUCAUACUCUGCAACUGAAAGGAAGAAAGAGGAAAGAAAAAGGAAAAGGAUCAUCGGAAAACGCAUAAAGAAUGGAGUGUACAGGAGGGAAUCCUCAUGAUGCUGUACCACCAGUGGAAGGUGUUGCUGGGGGAGGGACGGCUUAUGGAUGGAAUGAUGGUGGUUUACAUGGUUCAAAUCCUCUUUGUGGACCAGUUGAUCCAUCGAAGGUCCCAUCCGCCGAAUUAUUGAAUGUGUGGUGCAUGCCUAGCACGGCCAAUGUUGGACAGCAAGAAACACCUCGACCUUUGGAGCCUAUAUCUCUACUAGCAGCUAGAAAUGAGAGGGAAAGCAUUCAAAUUGCCGUACGCCCAAAAGUUUCUUGGGGUCGUCCUGGUGUUGCAGGGAUUGUGCAAGUUCAGUGUACUGAUCUGUGCUCUUCUUCUGGUGAGAGGUUGGUUGUUGGACAAUCAGUUACUUUGCGGCGUUUGGUUCCAAUCUUAGGUGUGCCUGAUGCUCUUGUACCCCUUGAUCUGCCAGUCAGUCAAAUAACGCUUUUUCCUGGAGAAACAACGGCAAUUUGGGUUUCAAUAGAUGUUCCUGCUGAACAAUCCCCUGGUCAAUAUGAAGGGGAGUUCUUCAUCACAGCUAUGAAGGCAGAAGCAGAGACUUCAGCACAAUUCCUGGCUAAAGAUGAGAAACGUCAGAUUUUCAGAGAACUCAAGAAUUGUCUUGACGUUGUGGAAUCUAUAGAUCAUGAACCCAUGAAAAAUUCGGGUGAGAGAUUGAUAUCUGUAAGUACGGUUUUAAGGAGAGUUAUUCAGUCUCCAACAUUUACUGAAAUCUCUUCAGACAAUGGGCAAUUGGAUAUGAUGGAAGAAGAUGCUUUGACAAACCUUUCAGUGCGUUUGAGUUUAAGUUUGACCAUUUGGGACUUUGUUCUUCCGCGGACACCUUCACUUCCAGCUGUUUUUGGUAUAUCUGAAACUGUGAUCGAGGAUCGUUUCGGUGUGAAACAUGGUACUGAUGAGUGGUAUGAAGCAUUGGAUCAGCACUUCAAGUGGCUUCUUCAGUAUAGAAUUAGUCCAUUCUUUUGCAGAUGGGGUGAUAGCAUGCGUGUCUUGGCAUACACCUGUCCAUGGCCAGCUGAUCACCCAAAGUCGGAAGAAUAUUAUUCGGACCAAAGAUUAGCAGCAUAUGCGGUACCAUAUGCUCCAGUACUAUCUGGUAGUGAUGUAGCGAAGGAUAUCUUGAGGAAGGAAAUUGAUAUCUUGAAGACAAAGGCUCACUGGAAGAAAGCUUACUUCUACCUGUGGGAUGAGCCAUUGAACCUGGACCAUUAUAAUUCUGUACGCAACAUGUCAACUGAAAUAAAGGCCUAUGCAUCUGAUGCCCGCGUUUUAACUACUUAUUAUUGUGGGCCCAGUGAUGCACCUCUUGCACCUACUGCUUUUGAGGCUUUUGCAAAAGUUCCAAGUUUCUUGCGGCCACAUACUCAAAUAUAUUGCACAAGUGAGUGGGUUCUUGAUAAUCGAGAGGACUUGGUCAAGCAUAUUAUUACAGAAUUACAACCAGAGAUUGGUGAGGAAUGGUGGACAUAUGUGUGCUUGGGACCAUCUGAUCCCCAACCUAACUGGCACCUUGGUAUGCGUGGUACACAACACCGUGCAGUGAUGUGGCGAGUAUGGAAAGAAGGUGGCACAGGGUUUCUCUAUUGGGGUGCCAAUUGCUACGAGAAGGCAACGGUUCCCAGCGAAGAGAUACGAUUCAGACGCGGCCUUCCCCCAGGCGAUGGUGUCCUGUUUUAUCCUGGUGAAGUAUUUUCUUCUUUGCAUCAGCCAGUUGCUUCAGUUAGGCUGGAGCGCAUUCUCAGUGGAUUGCAGGACAUUGAGUAUCUAAAGCUCUAUGCUUCAAUACAUGGUAGAGAUGAGGGUCUUGCUCUUUUAGAGAAGACAGGUGUAUAUCUGGGUCCUGAACGAUAUACGCAUGAGCAUACGCCCAUUGAUGUGAUGCGGGGUGAGAUAUUCCGCGCUUGCCAGUCCUGAAUAUGGAUGAUGUGCAAUAUGGGUCCACAAUAUAGUUUUGCAAGUACAUCAUGAGCCUUUCUUUUCUCUCUCUCAUAUUCUUCUCUAUUUUUCGUGUAAUAUUUGUAGAUGUUUCUGUUGUAAUCAGUCGGGUGAAAUAGAAAGCGGAACAUGGAAAUUGAUUAUGAAAUCUGACAGUAACUGCUUUGUAUGAACUCUAUACUAAGAUUAGGUCUUGUCAAGGCAAAUUUUUUAUUUUUUAUUUAUUUUAAAAUUUUUUUUUUAA